GAAGUCGUUGUGCUGCUGAACCGCACGAGGCUCUUCAGACACCUGCCCCAGAACCAGAAGAGCCACGUGGACCUGGCGAAGGCGUGCCAGCACGAGAGGUUUAAGGCCGGGGACGUGAUCGUGAGGCAGGGAGACGCCGGCAAUUUCUUUCUCGCGAUCUUGGAGGGGAAGGUGAGCGUAACAGUGGACGGCAAGAAGGUUGCGACUUGGCGCGACGGGGCGGACUUCGGGGAGCAGUCCCUCCUGCACGAUGAGCCGCGGCAGGCGACGCUGCAGGCCGUCACUGACGUCUCUGCCGUCAAGAUCACCCGGGAAAGGUUUUGGAAGCUGGGGCUGAACCGCAAGUUGCAGUUCAAGGGCCGCAAGGCGAUCAGGGCUGCGGCAGCGACCACACGUGACAGGGAGCCCACGCCGAAGACCCCGAGAGAGCGGCACCUCAUCGCCGAGGCGCUGCUGGCGAACGAGAACCUGCAGAUGCUGGUGACCCUGGACAAGGAGCGUGUGCAGAAGAUGGUGGACGUAGCCUGGAAGGAGGUGGUCGAGCAGGGCGUCGACGUGAUGGUGGAGGGUGACCUCGCCGACUGCAUGUACGUUGUGCAGGCGGGCGCCUUCCGGAUGGAGAGCACGAGGAAGGACGACUUCGGUGCCCACACCAUCGUGCGCGAGCGCUCGGAGGCCCCCAACCAAGACCCCCACCGCGAGCACUCGAAGGCCUCCUCCGACCUCGUACGCGAGCAUUCUGUGGCCUCGGCGGAGUCCGCGGACACCGGUCCACCACCAGGACACACAUCACAUGCGCGUCGCACCGAUUUCACGCCAAAGUCUAGGGGCUCGUCUGCCUCAGGCCGCAUGCCGCGCUACGACGAGGUCAUCGCCGCUGGCGGGAGCUUCGGGGAGCUCGCGCUGCUCUACAGCACCCCACGGUUUGCCACAGCACGCGCUAUAGAGGCUUCUGUACUGUGGGGAAUAAACCGGAAGCACUUCAGGGACAUACUUAUGGGAGUCCAUGAGGAAAAGCUCCAGAGUCAUGUGGCGUACCUCAGGCAAGUUGGGUCCCUCAGCACUCUGCAGGAAGAGGAGCUCAAAGAGCUCGCGAAGGCUUUGAACGUCAACACGUUCCAGAAGGGCGAGUUGAUCGUUCAGCAAGGCCUUCCGUCUACCAGUUUGCACAUCGUCUACGAGGGGCAGGUGGCGGUGAUCAUUGAUGGCAAGGAGACGUGCCGCCUGCGAGCUCAUCCCAGGCGGCGAGUGUGGCUUCCAGUCUCUGCGAGCUGGUGCUGUGCCGGCGCUGGGUGCGCGCCUCCACCGCAGACUUCUCACGUCGUGGAGGAGCAGGCGCUCCUCGGCGGCUACCCGUGCCGCACGGACGUCAGGGUGGUGUCGUCAUCGGCCCGGACCCUCUCGCUUCUUCGCGACAGCUUCGAGAUGCUGGUGGGUACCCUGGACGAUCUGGAAAACGCCAGGGCGGUGCGGCGGAACCACCGCACCUCGAUCCGCACUGCCGUGCACCGCGCCAAGACGGCCAGACUGCUCAACUCCGCACCCGAGAGGCAGGCGUACCGCGAGAAGGUCACCCACAUGCGCGACCUCACCAAGGUCAGGCCCCUCGGCAGCGGGCAGUUCGGGAAUGUGGAGCUCUGGCAGCACAGGGACGGCAGGAGGUUCGCGAUGAAGAUCCUGAGCAAGAGCCACAUACGCAGGCUGGGCGCGGAGCAGAGCAUCAUCAAUGAGAAGAAUUUGAUGCUCAUGACGAGCUCGCCGUUCCUAGUGCGGCUCUUUGAGGCGUACAGCACGCCGAACGCCCUCUACCUGCUCCUGGAGUUCGCCGCCGGGGGGGAGCUGCACACGGUCUACAACCGCAGGGGCUUCUACGGCAGCGAGAAGCACGCAAAGUUCUACGCCGCGGGGGUGGUGCUUGCCUUCGAGCACCUGCACGACCUCCACAUCAUCCACCGCGAUUUGAAGCCCGAGAACGUGUUGCUGGACUCGGAGGGGCGGCCCAAACUCGCCGACCUGGGCCUCGCCAAGGUCACCAGCGGCACGGCCCAGACGUUCUGCGGCACGCCGACGUACCUGGCGCCAGAGGUCAUCCGGGGCACUGGUUACACGCACUCUGCCGACUGGUGGUCCCUCGGGGUGCUGAUCUACGAGCUCCUCUGCGGCACGACCCCGUUCGAGGCCGUCAGCGAGCUGAAGAUCUGGAGGAAGGUCGUCGCCGGCGUGGAGGGCACGAACUUCCCCGAGCCCUGCCAGGGCGACCCUGGGGACUUGAUCAGGGCGCUCUUGUGCCUGGAGCCCUCCCAGAGGAUGCCCGUGCUGCCCGCCGGCCUGGAGGACCUGCAGCGCCACCGGUGGUAUCGGGGCUUCGACUGGGAGCCCUUCCGCGACCGGGCUCUGAGGGCGCCGUACCGGCCGAAGGAGAGGGACUUCGACUCGGGGUUCAACAGCGCGGAGCGGGCGGCACCCUCGGCCGACGAGCCCUACAGGGACGACGGCUCGGCGUGGGACAGGAGCUUCGCCACCGUGGUGGACGACGGGGCGUGCGCGGGCGCCGGCUCGCUCCACGGGGACGGCUCCCCCGGGCUGCCGCAGCUCUUCCGCCGCGGCUCCCGGCGGAGCGGCAGCUUCCUCGCGCGGCCGUAG